AUGGGCUCCGUCAGAAAGUUGCCAGGUCACUUGUGUCUUCUUCUUCUGGUGCUGAGCAUGACGAAACAGGCGAGGCUGAAUGUCCCACGGCUUCUACUACCACGUCUGGUCGAAGUCGCCUCUAACUACACUCUGAACCUGGUGAAUGUCGACGAGCGCGGCUGCUAUGAAUGGCACUCGAGCAGACCAGAGGUUGCCAGCGUGUCCGUGCAGGGCAGCUGCUCUCAGUCGGCGAUGGUGUCGGCAGUAUGGAGCCAGCCAAGUCGACAAACUGCUACAGUGCUAGCGCGUGAGACCAGCACUGGCGAGACACUGCGCUGUGAUGUGAUUAUUGACCAGGUCGUCUCGCUCAAGGUCGUGACCACGACGCAGGAGCUUCUGCUCGAGGACUCGCCUGAGCUCCUCGAGGUUCAGGGCUUUAACCAAAAAGGCACUGGCGAGACACUGCGCUGUGAUGUGAUUAUUGACCAGGUCGUCUCGCUCAAGGUCGUGACCACGACGCGGGAGCUUCUGCUCGAGGACUCGCCUGAGCUCCUCGAGGUUCAGGGCUUUAACCAAAAAGGGGACACAUUCUCCUCCAUUGAGGGCAUCUCCUUUGACUGGAGCUUACAACAGUACGAGCCUGUACUCAGGUUCGUGCCAGCAUCGGAGUGGCCGUAUGAACUGCCAAGUCCUGGACUGCUUUUCUGGGAGUCUAAGAGCCGUCGUGGCUGGGCAGUGCUUCUCGAGGGCAAGACAGCGGGCACGGCUCGGGUGUCCGUACGACCCAUGCACUCAGCCUAUAAGGACUUGGUGCCUCAGGACCUGGAGCUUCGCGUUGUGGACAGUGUGCGGCUUGAACCCUCGACUGUGUACCUUCUGCCCGGUUGCCAGGCCUGCUUCCAGCUGCAGCGACUGAUGCAGGGACGCCCACCAAGCCCUGUGGCCCCGUCAAAGCGAUACACACAGCGCAUCGAAGACAGCCAGGUGGCAAGUCUAGAGGGCCUGUGCGUGUUGGCCCGAAAACUGGGUCACACCCAGGUUCUGCUGACCAAUGCACGCUUUUUGGUGUCUCCUGGAGACGCUUGGGUGCUAGAGCAUCAGGCCUCGUACUGGGUGGAGGUGCAGCUUUUCGACGAGCAGCAGCAUCGGAUCCACGCCAGUGAGGGUCUCCGAGUGAAUGUGCAUUUUCCUCCGGAAUAUUUCGAGGUGAACUACUCGACCGAAAAUGGCACAGGCCACCGGGUGCGCACCCUUCAGAAGGGCAGUGCUGUGAUUCGUGCAGAGCUGCUGGGUUGCCGGCAACCGGACGGGUCACUGCUGCUGGCCACUGCCUUGGGAGAGCAGUCGGUGUCCAUUCGAGAGAGGCUGACUGUGCAACCAGAGGAGGUCUGGCUACCCUGGGAGCUGAACGAGGAGCUAGCGUACACUGUAGAAGUGCACGCCUUCAGAGGAACGGGAGCUGCAGUGCGGUGGCACCUGGACCAGGAAGCACCAGCGUGGGCUACGAUCGAGGGCCCCACAUUUGGCAGGUCGUCUGCAGUGGUGACACGAGGAGGUCCAGGUCGUGUACACCUGGUGGCCUGGGACAGCCACUUUGCCCCUGCCAACACGUGGGUGUCGCUUGUUCCCAUUGUCAGGCUGGAGAUUCCCGGAGCCCCCGCACUCGAAGCCAAGCUGCCUGCUGAAGAGCUCCUGGUGGCCAUUGCCAUGUACGGUCGUGAUCCCCAGAACCAGCAGCAGAGGCCGUUUGACAACUGCAGCCAAGUGUCACUUACUGCGACAGUGCUGGACAAAGGUGUUCUCAAACCUGUGCCAGAGAGGAUACGGGGAGGUCCACCUGUAGAACAUGGCUGCACAAGUCUUCGCCUGCAGUGCCUGGCUGCUGGUAAUGCACGCCUGCACCUGAGUCAUGGCACGUUGCAAUCGACUGUGCUGCUAGGAUGCUACAAGUCUUUGCAGGCUGUGCACCCAGUCGAGAGCGUUGCAAUAGCUUACGGAUCGCACAAAGAAGUGGCUUUCGAGGGGGGCCCCCAGCCCUGGCCCUUGCUGCCUUCUGGGCACCAUGUACAAUUGUCGCCAAGCGUUGCCGACCCUGUAAGCAUCAGUGCGCAUUGUGGAUCUCUUCCAUUACAAGGGAGGUUGCCAAUGGCAGUCACUUUUCUUUGCUAUGCAGGAGACUUGUACGUGUUUAGAGUGCAGUGUCGAGGGCUUGGCGAGACGGACUUGGACCUCUCUGUUGGCAACAAUGUCUCUGCCACUUUGAUAAGCCCAGCCACAAGUCAUGCCUCUAUCAGGCAAGGGAUGCCUGGUAGUUUUGCUUUUCGUGAACCGUUGUUUGAUGCCAUGCUUCACAGUCACAGUGCCGUUAUAUUUAAUUGGUUUGCUUGUUCCUUACCUGCGUCUGUGGAACUUCGGCUGAGCUCGUCAGCGUCAUGUCCAGAGAAUAAGGUGCCAAGUAGUGGUGGUCCCCUAGAGGUGGAGCUUGUGGUGCGGGAUGCGGAGGGUCAGCAACUAGCUAAUACGUCAUCUCUGGAUGUGCUGUGGGAGCUGUCGGACCCCACCCUAGCCGAGCUGGCCAAUGAUUGGGACGUGAUGAGCCACGUAGACGGCUCUGCCGGUUACCGUCACGUCGUCCGUGAUUUUCAAGUUCUGCGGAUGCAAGGCAAGACUGGACUGCUCACGGUGACUGCAACGGUUCUUGGGUUCAAUGCAAAAGUGCUCGAACAGGCGGGCUUACACCUAACACAAGGUACAGACACUGAGUGGUUCGUUGCAGUGAACGUGAGCAUACUGAACGGCUCUGGUCGCUUUGCACUGGACAGGGUGAAUGGUGACGUUGCGGAGUUGACACUUUUCUCGAGAAAACUGCAAGUGCACGUACUGAGAGAAGGACAGGUCGAGGUUCAUCUGCGCGACCUCUGUCUGCCACGGGCCCCCGCGUUGCCGCUACAAGUGUCUGUCGUGUGGCCCGCCCGUCUGAGGCUCGCGCUGUCCUCUCCCCACGUGCAAGUCGGCGCCGAAGUGGAGGUCACGGUGCACCUGGAGGACAUGGAGGGCAAGCUGCUCUCCGCUCCGCUGGCCCUCGCCGACCAAAUCAUGGGUCCCCUGUCCCUGCGACCGUUAGAGGAGGGGCGAAACUGCCGCCGCUUUGCCGUACGUGGCAAGGCUUUGGGCAGCGGCACCAUACGGUUCGUUGCCAAGGACUUUCCAAAGGAGCUAGUCAGUGCACCGGUCACCGUCCAAGUGUUCGCCCCACUGCACCUGAAGCCCCGCAACCUGACCAUACCUGUUGGCUCCAAGUACCAGCUGGGAUGGACGGGAGGCCCAAUCAACAUGGCUGUCAAGUUCGACAAGGUCGAGGAGGUGCCGUGUCUGUCGGUGUCACCGAGUGGGCUGGUGCAGGCACGAGGCACACCAUGCCAGGGCCGCGUGCAGGCCACGGCAGCAGCUUUCGAUGGCAGGGAUGAUACACUGGUGCGGGUGGUGGCCAUUAAGGAGUUACGGAUAGGCUGCCCCUUGAGAGAGAUCAUUCAGGGUACAGAGGUGGCAGUGCACAGUGGAGGCCGCUGGAGGCCUGGGUCCAAAGGUGGUGUGCCUGUCGGUUGAAACAAGCGGCUCUUUGCGCUGGGCAGCAUCGGAGCAUGGCCUGGUGUCCUCUGGUGGCGCCCCUGACACGAGAUGCACCCCCCGAUGGCCUGUGCGUGGCACACAUGCGCGCCCUUCUGCCGGGACAGCUGGAGCUGCGCCUUCUGUGGCGUAACAGCACUGCUGCAGUGUU